CUAAUUUUGAGGUGUAAAUUAUAAAAUUAUAAAUAAAUUUUCUCGCUCCGCCAUUAGCGUCGUUUAAGGACUCUUGGAGCACUCCCGCUUCUCUCCCCUCCGCUUAUCCCCAAAAUUACGAUGCUUAAAACCCUAGGAAGGGGUUUCAAAUCAACUCUAUUCGCUCUAUCAAACAACAAUCUCAAAUCCAAGAACAUAGCAACUCCACAAACCCUUAUCAGUUUUAUACCCAAUUUCGACGCGUCUUCUCCGAAUUUCCGUUAUAAAAACGCCACCUUUUUCUCCUCCGCUUCAUGCUCCUCCUCAGAUCUAAGGCCCAAGCUUGGCGAUUCAAAUGCAUCUUCUACGCACUCUAAUGAUCUCAAAGACGACGAUGCUCGGUUCGGUGCCUCAGUUUUGAGUGAUGAUCUCGACGAAGAAGAUGAGUCGGAAUGUGGAAGCAACGACGACGACGACAAUGGGUUUGGCGCUUUGGAUUUGUUCGAUAAAAAUGCCGCGUCCAAGGACGAGAAGAAGAGUUACAAGGAAGAAGAUGAUGAAGAAGAAGAAGAAAAGGAUGAAUCAAGAAACCCUAUAGUGAGAGAGAUAUGCAGGUUGAUCGAUCUCCGCCACGCGUGGAAUCCGCAAAUGGAGAGCCAGCUUCGGCUCCUGCUACGAAGCCUAAAACCCCGGCAAGUCUCCGCGGUCCUCCGAUCGCAGCGAGACGAGCGCGCAGCCGUAAGCUUCUUCUACUGGGCCGAUCGGCAGUGGCGGUACCGCCAUGCCCCCGAGGUGUUCGACGUAAUGCUCCAGCUGCUUAGCAAGACUAAACUGUGCGAGGCCUCGCGGCGGAUCAUGAGGCUCAUGAUCCGCCGCGGGCUAAGUAGGCGGCCCGAGCAUUUCGCAUGUUUGAUGCUCUCCUACAGCCGCGCGGGAAAGCUCAGGACCGCGAUGAGGGUUUUGAAUCUGAUGCAGAAAGAUGGCUGCGCUCCGGACUUGACCGUUUGUAAUGCGGCGAUUCAGGUUCUUGUGAUGGCCGGCCGGUUGGCGAAGGCGGUUAAGUUCUCGGAUCGCAUGGAAAGGGUCGGAAUCAAGCCUAAUAUUAUUACUUACAAUUCGCUGAUAAAGGGGCUUUGCGAUGCGGGAAGAUACGAAAAUGCCCUAGUAAUGAUUCAACAGAUGCCUCUCAGAGGUUGCUCGCCCGACAAGAUCACUUACUACACAGUGAUGAACUUCUUCUGCAAAGAGAAGAGGAUGGGAGAGGUGAGAGAGUUGCUGGAGAGGAUGAGAAUGGAGGCGAAUUUGAUUCCUGAUCAGGUAACUUAUAUUAUGAUAAUUCACGCAUUAGCAAAGCAUGGGCACGCGGAUGAGGCGCUUGAGUUUAUGCGCGAGUCGGAGGAGAAAGGGUUCAGGAUAGAUGAGGUUGGAUAUAGCUCCGUCGUGCAUUCAUUUUGUCAGAGUGGGAGGAUGGAGGAGGCGAAGAAUAUCGUCACCGAGAUGAUUUCAAAAGGUUGCCUUCCUGAUGUGGUGACAUAUAGCGCGGUCAUUGACGGAUUUUGCCGAAUAGGGAAAAUUGAUCAAGCAAGAAAGAUGCUGAAGUAUAUGUAUAAGAAUAAUUGUAAGCCGAACACGGUCACAUACACUGCAUUGUUGAACGGGUUGUGCCGAAUUGGGAAAUCAUCAGAAGCGUGGGAAAUGCUCAAUCGGAGCGAGGAGGAAUGGUGGACGCCGAAUAAUAUUUCGUAUAGCGUCGUCAUGCACGGUUUGAGAAGAGAAGGGAAGCUGAAAGAGGCUUGUAAUUUGGUCACGCAGAUGCUGCGAAAUGGAUUCUUCCCCACACCGGCCGAGGUUAAUUUACUUCUCCAUGCACUGUGUAAAGAGGGUGACGUGGGAGAGGCGAAGAAGUUCAUGGAGGAGUGUCAAAGCAAGGGUUGUGCCAUUAAUGUGAUAAAUUUCACCACCGUAAUCCAUGGAUUUUGCCAGGAAAAUGACUUGGGUUCAGCGCUUUCGUUGCUGGACGACAUGUAUUUGAGCAAUAGGCAUCCCGACGUUUACACUUACACGGUUAUGAUUGAUGCUUUGGGAAAGAAUGAUCGGUUCGAAGAAGCAACAGAGCUUGCAAAGAAGAUGCUCCAUAGAGGAUUGGUUCCUACGCCCGUUAUGUAUAGGACAGUGAUACAUAGAUACUGCGAGAAGGGUAAGGUUGAAGAGUUACUGAAGUUGCUCGAGAAAAUGCUGCAGAGAAAGGAGCUAAGAAGUGCAUACAACCAAGUGAUUGAGAAGCUUUGUGCCUUGGGCAAACCUGAAGAGGCUUACAAGAUUUUAGGGAAGGUUUUGAGAACAGCCUCGAAGAUCGAUGGACAAACAUGCCACAUUUUGAUGGUGAGUUCUCUCAGGAGUGGUCUUCCACUGCAGUCGUAUGAAGUGGCGUGCCGAAUGUUCCAGAGGAACUUAAUUCCUGAUGUUAAAGUGUGUCAAAAAGUUAAGGAUAGGCUAGUCUUGGAGGGACAUGCGAAUCACGGAGAAAAGCUUAUGACUAAAUUUGUUGAGAGAGGGCUCCUUUCACCUCAGAACCAGUAGAACCUGUUUAUGACAUGAGAAACCGUAGCAUUUUUUUCUCUCCC